CCGUCCGUUCGUCCACCCGCCCGCUCGCGCUUCCGUCCUUCUGUCCGGCUGCCAGCCUUCGGGCUCGUCUCCCCGCUCCGCCCGCUUUGUCUCUCCCCGGCUCGCUGUCUCUUUGUCUCUGCCCUCGCGGUGCCUCACAGCCCCUCCCUCGCGCCCGGAUCUCGGGUCCCCCUCAAAGCUCUCCGCUCAUCCCUCGGAGCCUCCCUUUCUGAGCGUCCCGUUCCUCGGGACUCCCCCUCACGGUGUCCCCACAUCUUUGGGGGCCUUUCCUUCAGAACACCCCCCUCAUUCCCCCACGCCUCCCCUCGGAGAUUCCCGCACAUCCUUUGGAGGGGUCCUCCCCUCUGUCUGUACCCUCAAAUCCCUGUGGUCUUGCCCUCCUCUUAGCCCUCCUUUCCGCGGGGUUUUCCCUCUUGGUGCCCCCCCCCAAACACGCUGGGACCUCCGACAUCCCUUAGGUGCUCCUUUGGACCCCCCAAAAGCUCCCCAGCUCCCCGACUUCACCCCUUCCUGCUAUCCCUUGGUUUGUCUCCGUGUCUGUCUCUCCUUGUUCUCUCUCAGGACUCUGUGGCCCCCAAUUCUGGGGAUUGGGGUCCUCCGCUUUGCUCUCCCUGCCUCUGCCCCCGCAUCUGUCUUGGUGGCCUCGCCACUCAGUGGCUCUUGUGCUGAAGGCCCCCUUUUGAGCCCGCUCCUUUGCCCAGGGCUCUUGACCCCUUUGCUUUCUCUGCCCCUUGUCUCCCUGCUUUCUGCUCCCUUGUCUCUCCCUCUCCCCUUUUCUGUCUUUGCCGGGUCUCUGGGUCUCUGACCCCCCUCCGGCCCUCAUGGCUUUGUGUCUGGAGCUCUUGAAGCAAUGUUCAUCAUGUCUAGUGGCUUAUAAGAAGACCCCACCACCGGUCCCUCCACGUACCACGUCAAAACCCUUCAUCUCUGUCACAGUCCAGAGCAGCACCGAGUCUGCCCAGGACACCUACUUGGACAGCCAGGAUCACAAGAGUGAGGUGACAAGCCAGUCGGGCCUCAGCAACUCGUCAGACAGCCUGGACAGCAGUACCCGACCGCCCAGUGUGACACGGGGUGGAGUCAUCCCAGCCCCUGAGGCCCCGGAGCCACCCCCAAAACAUGCAGCUCUGAAGAGUGAACAAGGGACGCUGACCAGCUCUGAAUCCCACCCCGAGGCCAUCCCCAAAAGGAAACUGUCAUCUAUAGGAAUACAAGUUGACUGCAUUCAGCCAGUGCCAAAAGAGGAGCCCAGUCCCGCUACCAAAUUCCAGUCCAUCGGGGUUCAGGUAGAGGACGACUGGCGAAGCAGCGCCCCCUCUCACAGCAUGUCCUCCCGACGGGACACCGACUCAGAUACCCAGGAUGCCAACGACUCAAGCUGUAAGUCAUCUGAGAGGAGCCUCCCGGACUGUACCCCACACCCCAACUCCAUCAGCAUCGAUGCCGGCCCUCGGCAGGUCCCCAAGAUUGCCCAGAUCAAGCGCAACCUCUCCUAUGGAGACAACAGCGACCCUGCCCUAGAGGCAUCCUCGCUGCCCCCGCCUGACCCCUGGCUCGAGACCUCCUCCAGCUCCCCGGCAGAGCCAGCACAGCCAGGGGCGUGCCGCCGGGACGGCUACUGGUUCUUGAAACUACUUCAGGCAGAAACAGAGCGGCUGGAGGGCUGGUGCUGCCAGAUGGACAAGGAGACCAAAGAGAACAACCUCUCUGAAGAAGUUUUAGGGAAAGUCCUCAGUGCUGUGGGCAGUGCCCAGCUACUGAUGUCCCAGAAAUUCCAGCAGUUCCGGGGCCUCUGUGAGCAAAACCUGAACCCUGAAGCCAACCCGCGUCCAACAGCCCAGGACCUGGCAGGGUUCUGGGACCUGCUACAGCUGUCCAUCGAGGACAUCAGCAUGAAGUUUGAUGAACUCUACCACCUCAAGGCCAACAGCUGGCAGCUGGUGGAAACCCCCGAGAAGAGGAAGGAAGAGAAGAAACCACCCCCUCCAGUCCCAAAGAAGCCAGCUAAAUCCAAGCCGGCAGUGAGCCGCGACAAGGCCUCCGAUGCCGGGGACAAGCAGCGUCAGGAGGCCCGCAAGAGACUCCUGGCGGCCAAGCGGGCGGCUUCUGUGCGGCAGAACUCAGCCACAGAGAGUGCGGACAGCAUCGAGAUUUACGUCCCUGAGGCCCAGACCCGACUCUGAGACCAGGAAGCGGGAAGCAAACAAUUUUAAGUCAUUAAAAAAACAAAAACAAAAAACACAAACUAAAUGUGAAUGGAACACAAUUUUCUCAACCUUUAGGAUGGUUAUUCUGUCCAGAGACCCUGAGCCAACUUUCAAAUUGACACAUACAAGGGCUCACGAUUUGGCUUUUUUGGGUCCCUCCCAGCUUUAGGUUUAUGAAGACUUCAUACAAAAGAAAGUCAUCAAAAAUACGAAACCAUAAAACGUUUUUCCCCCUCUUGCUGGCCGCGGUGGACUAGGUAGACGGACCUCGGCAACUCCCGGCCCAGCCUCCGGACUGCGGUCUUUUUACUUGUUCUAUCUAACGGGGACUCGCACUAGCUUGUUUACAAGACGAGGACAGUCCGAGGACAGCCUGGGGCCCCUGCCAUGUCCUUCCUUCUCCUCCAGCCACCCUGCUCUGACCUUGCAGUUUUCAUUCUUACGUUUUUCUCUUUUCCCUUCAGAGCCCACACAGGGGUCACCGUCCUAGCUGUCGGCUUGCUGGUUCUCAGCCCUGUCUGUGGUUGAGAGCCCAGAGGACAGAGGUGGAUACGCACCCCUGCCCAAGUGCUCACACACACUCACGUGCACACGCAGGUACAGGCUCCCCACAGCAGAAGCAGCCAGCCCCAGGCAAGGGGGACGGGGGUCCUCGCCUCUCCGAGAAGGGGAGGAGGGUUGAAGUCUUUGGGGAAAAAAUGAGAUAAAAGCCACAGUUACCACGCUCCAGACUCCCGCCUUUUUCUUCUCACCAACCCCCUGUUCCUUCAGUAAAAUGUUUGAUUCAGAGUGACUUGCAGGGGACGCUCGAGAGAGGAACCCCAUUUUCCAGGGGCUGUCUGUCCCUGGCCAAGCCUGUGUACAGUACCUGAGGGGCGGGCGGCUGCGUCUGUACGUAUGUGUACAUAUGCACAUAGACCUUAGAGUGUAUAUUUAACAAACGCCCCUCUGCUCACCCAUGCCCACCAGCGCCGCCGCUGGCUCUCGGGGCACCUGGCAGGAGGCGGGUGUGUGAAUAGCAUAUAUUUUUACAUGUACUAUAUCUAGGUGUGUGUACAAGUGUGUGUAAAAAUAUAUACCUUGUGUGUAAGCGGCCUUUUUUUGGUCUCCCACCUGCCCCCUGCCGUGGGCCCAUCUGCCCAGCCUCUUGAGUUUUCUGGGGUUUUGUUUUUUGUUUUUUUUGUUUUUUUUACCCCAAUAUUCCUUCUCUCUCCCUGCCCCCCAGCCCCACUCCCAGGGUGUCAUGAGCCCUGAGCUGCAAUGGCCCGGGCCUGCAGGGUUGGGGGCAGGCAGGGCGAGGGGGAGGCCCAGCCCUCAGCGAGCUCAGUGCACGAGGAGGGCUGCUCUCUACCAUGGAGACAGAGCUGGCAUUAGAGACGUCCUCGUGUCUGGCACUUGCUGCAGGGGCCCCGGGUGAACUGAGGGCCUGCUCUGGGGCCCCAUUCCAGCUUGGCCGCCGUCUGUGACCUUGGGCAAGUCACUUGACCUCUGUGUGCCUCAACUUCCUCCUCUGUAAAAUGGGGACAGUCCCUGCCCCUCCCUACCUCACAGGCAUGUUGUGAGAAUAAAUGAGGUAACGUGUA